AUGGUAUUCAAACUAGAUCCAAGGCAAAAAAUAUGUUUGCCUUCUCAACUUUCUUGUCUCAAAUUGAGCCAAAAAUAUAUUAAGGAAUUAUUGAAAGAUGAUGACUGGAUUACUGCUAUGCAAGAAGAGCUUCAUCGGUUUAAAAGGAACAAAGUGUGGCACCUGGUUCCCCGGCCCUCAGAUAGAACAGAGAUUGGAACCUGGUGGGUGUUCAGAAAUAAACUUGAUGAGUUUGGCAAUAAAACAAGAAAUAAAGCUAGGUUGGGGGUUCAAGAUUACAAUCAAGAAGAAGGUAUUGACUACUAUGAAACUUUUUCUCCUAUUGCUAGAAUGGAAGCCAUAAGAAUUCUCAUUGUAUUUGCAUCUCAUAUGGAAACCAAAUUGAUCCAAAUGGAUGUUAUGAGUGCAUUUCUGAAUGGAUAUUUGAAGAAAGAGGUUUUUGUCAAGCAGCACUGGAUUUGA